AUUUCAAAAGUUUGCGCGUAUUUCACUGUUAUUAGAUGUGAAAAUUUGAACCUAUAUAGAGUUUAUGCUAAAUGAGUAACACAUAUCAUGACAAUUAAUUCAUUUGGAUUAGGUUAUUUGCCUGUUUUAUGGUCAUUAUUAUCUGUGUUUGCAUUUAUUGGCGCUUACGUCACUGCUGUUUUGGAAGGUCAUGUUUAUUAUUUUCUUCCAUCCAUAGGUGACACUGGAACAAAAGAUCCUGAAUCCAGCAUUUUUUCUUUGUUAAUGAAUAUCUCAAUAAUAAUCGGUCUUUCGAAUUACAUCAUCAGAUAUUUUCAAUGUCAAUAUCAAGCUAGGCAAUGUGCGAAUGAAAGAGAGGCAAUCUAUAAAUAUAACAGAGUAUCACUAAUGUUAGCAGUUGGGAGUAUCUUAGGCGGACUUAUUGUUGUAAAUAUCUCAUUGAGAAAGGAGUAUUAUUUACUCGAAAUACACGAUGCCGGUGCCAUAGUUUUCUUUUUGUUUACUACAAUGUAUUUUUGGGUCCAGACUAUUUUGAGUUACAAAGUUUCAAAAUUUGGAUUGAUAUCGUCAUUAAUGUGUCAUGUGAGGUGUUUUUUAAUUUUUACUAUCAGUGUUUUUUUAUGCAUUAACGUUGUGACUUCAAUACUCAGCUAUGAAAUAUUUAUCAACUAUAAUUUGCAACAUACUAUUGCACAAUGGGUCCCUGGAGACUUUGGUUACUUAAUUCAUAUAGUUAGCAACUCAUCAGAAUGGUUGAGUGCUAUGUUUAUUAUAAUUUAUGUUUUGACUUAUUUUGAAGAAUUUCAGCAUGUCGUGUUAUUGAUUGACUGUCAAGAAAGAUCCCCAAUGGUUGAGUUUUAUGACAGUGUUGGAGUUUAUUCAAACUGGAAGUUUAUGAAUGAAGAAAAUAACAACUAAUGGGAUUUUAAAUCAUCAAAUAAUUUUUUUUGGAAAAAUUAUUUACAAAAGUUAAACUUUAACUUUUACCAGUUUAACUUUAGGCAUUGUUAUUUAAAAAAAUUAUAAAUGAAACCAAGACUUAUCGGAUCAUUUAUCCUGGAAAAUGAUUAAAAAAAAGAAUGCUGGAACAUUUAAGAGCUUUAAAAAGUGCUACAGUUUUAUAAAAUAUAAUUUUAAAAAAUAAAUAAAAACUAUAUAUACAAAAAUUAUAAAAAAAUUA